GGCCCGGGCGGGCUGGCAGCUAGAGUGGGUACGAUAGCCGCCUCCGCCUCUGCCGCCUCCGCCGUCGCCUCCUCCGCCCGGGCCGUUCGCUGCUGCGCGGGGAGAGCGAGGCGGGGCCGCCGGGGCCGCCAUGGAGCCCGACUCGGUGAUUGAGGACAAGACCAUCGAGCUCAUGUUACCGAAGUGCAUGUUUGGGAUUUUAUUGAAGAAAGCUGGAUACAGUAAACGGAAAGAAUCUUGGAAGCUGCUUGACUGCUGUCUUUUCUCAGACUAGUCUGAAAGGGAAUACCCCCAUUCAUUCUGGAUUGGUGGAUCUGAAGUACAAAAUAUUUUCCAGAACACUUCAGUUAUGGAGGAUCAAAAUGAAGAUGAGUCCCCAAAGAAAAAUACUCUUUGGCAGAUAAGUAAUGGAACAUCAUCUGUGAUCGUCUCCAGAAAGAGGCCAUCAGAAGGAAACUAUCAAAAAGAAAAAGACUUGUGUAUUAAAUAUUUUGACCAGUGGUCUGAAUCAGAUCAAGUGGAAUUUGUGGAACACCUUAUUUCACGAAUGUGUCAUUAUCAGCAUGGACAUAUUAACUCUUACCUGAAGCCCAUGUUGCAGCGAGACUUUAUUACCGCUUUACCAGAGCAAGGCUUAGAUCACAUAGCAGAAAACAUUCUUUCUUACCUGGAUGCCAGGUCUCUGUGUGCAGCAGAGCUGGUAUGUAAAGAAUGGCAGCGAGUGAUCUCGGAAGGAAUGCUUUGGAAGAAGCUGAUUGAAAGAAUGGUGCGCACUGACCCUCUGUGGAAGGGACUUUCAGAAAGAAGAGGGUGGGAUCAGUACCUGUUUAAGAACAGACCUACAGAUGGCCCUCCCAAUUCAUUUUAUAGGUCAUUAUACCCAAAGAUUAUCCAGGACAUAGAGACUAUAGAAUCUAACUGGCGGUGUGGACGACACAACUUGCAGAGGAUUCAGUGCCGCUCUGAAAAUAGUAAAGGUGUCUACUGUUUACAGUAUGAUGAUGAAAAAAUUAUCAGUGGCCUACGAGAUAAUUCUAUUAAGAUUUGGGAUAAAACCAGCUUGGAAUGUUUGAAAGUGUUAACGGGACACACUGGCUCUGUCCUUUGUCUCCAGUAUGAUGAACGUGUCAUUGUGACUGGUUCUUCAGACUCUACAGUGAGAGUCUGGGAUGUGAACACGGGUGAAGUUCUGAACACAUUGAUCCACCACAAUGAGGCUGUACUGCACUUACGCUUCAGCAAUGGACUUAUGGUGACCUGUUCCAAGGAUCGCUCCAUCGCUGUGUGGGACAUGGCUUCUGCUACCGAUAUCACUCUACGCCGUGUCCUGGUUGGCCACCGUGCUGCUGUCAAUGUGGUAGACUUUGAUGAUAAAUACAUCGUGUCUGCCUCUGGUGACAGAACCAUCAAAGUCUGGAGCACGAGCACCUGUGAGUUUGUUCGUACUCUGAAUGGGCACAAGCGAGGCAUUGCCUGUCUCCAGUACAGGGAUCGGCUGGUUGUUAGUGGAUCAUCAGAUAAUACCAUAAGGCUAUGGGAUAUCGAAUGUGGUGCCUGUUUAAGAGUCCUAGAGGGACAUGAAGAAUUGGUCCGAUGCAUCCGGUUUGAUAACAAGAGGAUUGUCAGUGGGGCCUAUGAUGGGAAAAUUAAAGUUUGGGACUUGCAAGCUGCUCUGGACCCUCGAGCCCCAGCAAGCACGUUGUGUUUGCGCACGUUGGUGGAACAUUCUGGACGUGUGUUUCGGCUACAGUUUGAUGAAUUUCAGAUCAUCAGCAGCUCCCAUGAUGACACUAUUUUGAUUUGGGAUUUCUUAAAUGUGCCUCCCAGUGCCCAGAAUGAGACCCGUUCUCCCUCCAGAACAUACACUUACAUCUCCAGAUAACAGUCUGCACUUUACCCGUUUCAGGGUUUCCUAGUCUUGAACUACUGGCUACAUGGCUACCAAAUGCCUAAGGGAGUUCUUCGCAGCUGAGUUAUGAAGCUGGAAUUGGUUCUAGACGCUGGGUAGAUGCAAAGCAGCCUAACUCUUCCAAGUACCAACAUUUCUCACCUCCGAUUCCGGCCUCUACUUUGAGAAGGAUACCUUAGCUUCACCGACUUCCAGUAGAACAGAAGCCCAUUUCCUCCCCCCGUCAGUGAAAAAAAAACAAAAUCUAAUGCUUCAAAUGUAAAUUGUUCAU